AUCUCGAGAUUUUUGGUGAAGCUUCGCUCGCAUCGUCAGACAAGAGCAGCGCCGCGAAAACGCGUGGUCAUCAGCGAAUACCUCGAUUUACCAUUCAUUUCGACUCGACACUGCUCCAGCAGCGCAUUUCCUCACCCAUCCAUACGCUUCAAUGCUCCGUCCGAGCUCAGCGUUAGCAGCAAUGCCUCCCUCCAGUAUCCUCCUCGCCAUGCGACCAUCCAAAUCCUGCCGCGCAUUCUCGACAACUACUCAGACUCUCAAACCACGCCCAAAUGCUCGACCAGCCGAUAUCCCCCCUCGUGCGAAGCGGGUCAUGGUAGAGCGCCCCCCUACACCUUUGCCGACCAUCACACCCGAAGCGUUCGCGGCAUCACCAUGGACGAUUCGCCGGACUCCAUUCGCCCAAUUACCGGUAUACAGAGAAUGGAGGGCUGGCAAGACAAAGGAGGUGAUCAUGAUCAAGAAGGUCAGCGGCAACAAGAAAUUGUUGAUGGAGCAAUUGAAAGAAAAGGUCAACAUACCGUCGGACAAGAUUGUGUUGAGUCCAGUGACGGGGCAUAUCGAAGUGACGGGUCACUUCUUCGUUCCAAUCCAGGACUACAUACUGGCGCAGGGAUUCUAGGCGCGGGAGCAUCACGACUGUAUCAUCCAUUGACGAGCGAAUGUAUCAAAAGAACCAUUUGUACAGCUGUAGCAUAUAGGCCCUGUCCACAGAGCGGACGGAUAAAUGUACAAUAAAUACAUAAU